UCGUAGGGUGAAAGAUCCGAAUCGGCACGAGUGAUUAGUUGUAUUAUGUAGAAAAUUUGACAAGCAUAGUCAUAGUCAUAGUCAAACAUUUUCUUGUCUGUGUUUUGUUAGUACAGGAUAGGUUUCCUUGCAUGUCGCGUUUUAAAAUAAUGAUAAUGAUGCAUUAAUAAUUAAUUGAUGUAAUAUUACAAUAUAAAAAAGUGAUACAAAUAACGUAAUGUAGAGAAUGUAUCUUUUACAUGCAAGAAGACAUUUCGCGACAAGUAGAUUUCAGAAUCAAAGCAACAGUUUUGAGCGUUUGUCUUGUAGUUUUAAUCAUGUGCUUUGAUGAAGAGAUCGCUUGAGGAUAUUUCUAUCAAUAUUUCACUUAGAAUUCAUUAUUAUUGAAUAUUAGCUUCUUUUUCAAUGUUGAUUUCUUCUAUUUAAGUGUAGCAUGAUUUGUUAAGUUUUUUAAAUAAUUUAUUAAAUUAUUGAAAUAAAUUAUAAAGUAAUUUAAAAUGAAAUAAAGUGAGAAGAUGCAGUGCUAUUGGUUCGCUAUAUAUGCAACAGAUACGAAAUAAAUAUAUUAAUCAUCUUUUUAGCUUCAGGAUUUUCAGGUUUUAAUCCUUUCAUGUUCAUUGCCAGGAUUUCAUUCAUAUAUCCACAUGUUGGGAAGGAAGAUACAGGCAUAUUGACUGUAAUUUAUAAUUUCACAGCAAAAACUAUUCAAAUUGAAAUAUUAUGUUUUAUGCAAUGUGUGCUUGUCUUUUGCUGUUUUUUAAAUACAGCUAGGUAGCAUAUUUCUAAUGUGCCUAUUAUAAAUAGAUAGUUGGAUAGAUUGGUAUAAUCUCUGGUUUGAGAAAGGCGUGUGUCUAGUUAGUUUUAGGAAAUUGAAUUGAAUCACAGCAGUAGAGGACGUCACUUGUUUCUGGCUUCGAUUUUUCGAAUUUGUUAUCGUAAUCAUAGUUGUAGAUAGAUUCGUUUUGCUUCUAUAGAAGUUAUAUUUUGAUUUUGCUAUUAGUAAGACCCGAGUUAGAUUUAAAUUUCAGCGCAUCCGAAGAGAGAAGAGGUUAGAAACCGAAGAGGCCCGACACAAAUCGUCACUCAAGAGGGCAACUACUAAUGACUUCUUAUCUUCUGGAUGGGAACCUAUCUAGAGUAUGGGAAGUCAUUCUUGUCACUACCUUGUCACGUUAGGAAAAAUGGCGCCUUCCCCAGAGGGAUUAAUCGCCGUACAAAAGCAAAUUUUUACAAAAAUUAGCAACAAUGAAGUAUCUGAGCUCAAGACAUUGCUGGCGGCAAACAAAAUUAAAAUGGAUUUUGUGGAUGAAAAUGGCAUGAGUCCACUUCAACAUGCCUGUUACAAAGGAAAUAAGGAAAUAGUGCAGAUGCUUCUAGAUCAGGGAGCAGAUGUGAAUGCAUGCCAACACGAGCAUGCAUAUACAGCUUUGCAUUUUGCAGCCCUGAGUGGAAAUGCAGAACUCUGUCAUCUUUUAAUGUCUUAUGGAGCACGUUUGACAGCAACAAAUAGCGUAGGACGGACUCCAGCACAGAUGGCAGCAUUCGUGGGAAAUCAUAAUUGUGUAGCAACUAUCAACAAUUUUAUUCCAAAAGCUGACAUAGAUUAUUAUGUCAAACCACAAGGUUUGCAAACAGAAUCAAUGCUUCCACCGCAUCUAGCAGAUUCUUUCCAUAAAUUUAUAAUGCAAAUCAAUGUGCAUCCUGUGCGUGUGGCUAUGAAUUUACAAAGAUAUCCUGGUCUCUUAGAAAAUGCAGCUAAGGUACAAAAGGUUUUAGAAUCUAUGCACCAUAAAGAAAUGACGAGAGGUGCAGAAACAAACGAAGUGAUGGCAUUUAAAUAUCAUUAUUUAAGUUGCAUUGUAGCCGAGGUAAUCAAAUUUCAAAAGAGACAGGAAGCAAUGAAAGCAGAGAAAACUGAUAAAACAAACGAGGAAGGGGAAGAAAAAAAAUCAGAUACUAUCGAGGGUCUAAUAAGAAAAUUUCUAAAAUGUAGCAAAAGCGACGGUGUACCAGAGUACCAAGAAGCUUUUUUGAGAGAAAGUGUGAGAGAAUUUCCAUAUAGAGAAAGUACUAUUUUUCGCCAAAUGGUAGCAACACUUGCAGCUAGCGAUCCACCAUCUGCUGCGUCAGUAGUAUCAGCUGCGAUUGAUGGUCAAAGAGCUUUCUUAGACAAUGCUCAAGUCUGCAUUACUUGCGGAGAAGACAAAGCAAACAAAAAGUGCAGCAAAUGUAAAGCGGUGCAAUAUUGUGACAGGGAAUGCCAAAGACUUCAUUGGUUUAUGCAUAAAAAGGCAUGUACCAGAUUAGGUCAAAAUGUAACGCCAAGUGCGAAAAUAAGUGACGCAGAUAAGGAACAAAUAAGCAAUGCUGUGAGCUCUAGGCUACAAAAUCUAAGUGUUAACUAAACACAGUAAUAAAUAAAAAACUCGAUUCUAAACAAUUAACUUCAAUGUGUACUGUACGUAUCUAUUUAAUUUUAAUAUUACACUAAUUCAGUCAAAAUAACAAACAGCUCUGAUUUUUUUACUUUUUAGAUUUACAGAAUUUAAUGAACUUUUUAAGUAUCAUGAUACAUUUUUGUUCUUUUUUGUCCUGAAUAAUUCAUCGUGUGUUAUGACUAAUUAUCAUCGUCACAUAUUAUAAAUAGUGUCGUAUGCAAUUACUCGGUUAAAAUAUUGUUUCCUCAGGAUUGUAUUCUUGUGGGUUGUCAUCGCCAUAAAAAUAAAAUAUACUUAUAAACAUACUUGUAUUGCUCUAAAAUUUGUUCUUAGAAUCUCAUAAAUUUACUCAUUUAAGAAUAUCUGAAGUUGAGAUCAAAAAAUUUAUUUUCUAAGAAUAUCUUUAUUUGAGGUCUGAUCUGUUUAUUUGACAUUCUAAGGUGUAUGAAUUGUAGUUGAAACGUAUUGAAACGAUACGUUAUAAUUGAUUCAUUCAUUUUUAUUAAGAGUACAUUUAAGAAUAAUAUGAAGUCGAAUAUAAUAUAAGAGGAAUAUUAAAUUUUAUUUUUCCUGUUUUUUUAGAUAUAUCGAAUAAAGUUGAAAUACAAGAUUUUUGA